UUUAAAACACUCUGAUUCAUCUUCAUUGUUCAUAUCAUAUCAUCAAAUGCCAAUCUCACUAGUCCUCUGUUUCCUCAUCUCCCUCUCCUUCACUGAUGGGACUCAACUCAUCAUAGUGAACAACUGCAAGGAGAGCAUAUGGCCCGGGAUCCUGGGCACUGCCGGCCACCUGACUCCUCAAGACGGCGGCUUCCAUCUCCCCAGCGGCCAGCAACUCCUCCUUGACGUCCCUGAGAACUGGUCCGGAAGAAUUUGGGGGCGGCAAGGCUGCUGCUUUGAUCCAAGCACUGGCAAGGGCUCGUGCCUAACCGGUAGUUGCGCUGGGCUCCUACAAUGUAGGGGACUCGGUGGAGUCCCCCCUGCCACACUCGUCGAAAUGACACUCGGAACUCCUAAAUCCGCCUUGCAUUUCUACGAUGUGAGCUUGGUUGAUGGUUUCAACGUUCCCAUUUCCAUGGUGCCGAUUGGUGGUGGUGUUGGAUGUGGUGUUGCUGCUUGUGAGACUGACUUGAAUGUAUGCUGUCCCCUUGCCUUGGUGGUCAAGAAACAAGGUCGGGUUGUGGGUUGUAAGAGUGCUUGUUUGGCUGCAAAGACAGAUAGGUAUUGCUGUACUGGGGAGUUUGCAGAUCCAGAGAGUUGUAAGCCUAGUGUUUUUGGGCAUCUUUUUAAGGCUAUUUGUCCCAAGGCUUAUAGUUAUGCCUUUGAUGAUUCUACAGGGCUCAAGACCUGUGUGGCUCCUAGGUAUGUCAUCACAUUUUGUCCCCCUAACUUGGGAUGAUAUUUUAGCAGAGGAAACUUCUGGAAUUUUUGUCGCUAAUUGUCAAUGUUAUGCAACAUUUGGUUCUUUGUUUUCUUUAAUUUAUUUCCUAGUAUUGGAAAUUUGGAAGAGCAGCAUUCAAACUGGAGCCAGACAGAUG